UUUUCUCUUCUGUUCUAAAAUCCGUUACUCGUUAGUUAGAAAGUCCUUCUCCUCUGCGAACUGAGUAGCCGGCGGCGCGUCCCUUCCCUGUUUUCACCGAUUCACCACUCCACCGGCGACCACCGCGGUCCAGCCCACCGGCGACCACUUCACUCCCUAGGACUAAAGCCAUUUCUUUUUAAAACUUAAAAGAAUUUCUUAAGCUUUGGAAGGGUUUGCUUGGAUUUACUUUCUAACCAUACUCGAUUAGGAAUGCGGUCAAAUCUACGGAACGGAAUCACCAGUGCCGGAAAGAGAUGACGGGCAACCUGUUGCAGAUGAAUAGAAGUCCAGCCACCCGAAAUACCAUUGGUUUUUUCAAGGAAUUCUACGAAGCAAAUGUAAGAGAAAAGUUCAUUUGGUUACUUAGUCAUACUUGAGCUUUCACCAUGACCACUGCAAAUGCAUCAAUUCUCCUCUCUUCUUCAAAGCUUUCGAAAAAUUCUGAAAACAUGUAUUGCCCAGAGAGACCUCCGUACUGGAAAGUCCCUCCAUGCUUUGUAUAUCAAGUCCUUCGUCCCCACAUCCACCUACCUCUCAAACCACUUCCUUCUUCUUUACUCCAAAUGCCGUCGACUUUCCGCUGCUCGCCGGGUCUUCGAUCACACCCACGAUUGCAAUGUCUUUUCCUUCAACACCCUUAUUUCUGCCUACGCGAAGGAAUCGUAUGUUGAAGUUGCACGCAAACUGUUUGAUGAAAUGCCCCAACCAGACUCUGUUUCGUAUAAUACUCUCAUUGCUGCAUAUGCGCAACUUGGGGACACUCAGCCUGCUUUUCAGUUGUUUCUUGAGAUGAGAGAGGCUUUUCUUGACAUGGACGGGUUCACUCUUUCUGGUAUAAUUACUGCUUGUGGUGUUAAUGUUGCUUUGAUAACGCAGUUGCAUGCAUUGAGUGUUGUGACUGGGUUAGAUUCUUAUGUGUCUGUUGGUAAUACACUCAUUACAUGUUACAGCAAAAAUGGAUUUUUGAAGGAGGCCCGACGGAUAUUUCAUUGGUUGAGUGAAGAUAGAGAUGAAGUAUCGUGGAAUUCGAUGGUUGUGGCAUAUAUGCAGCAUCGUGAGGGCUCUAAGGCUCUAGAAUUGUACUUGGAGAUGACUGUUAGGGGCUUGAUCGUUGACAUUUUUACUUUAGCAAGCGUCUUGACCGCAUUUACAAAUGUACAGGACUUGUUAGGCGGGCUCCAGUUUCAUGCCAAAUUGAUAAAGUCUGGGUACCAUCAGAAUUGUCAUGUGGGCAGUGGUUUGAUUGAUUUGUACUCAAAAUGUGGUGGCUGUAUGUUGGAUUGUAGAAAAGUUUUUGAAGAGAUAUGUAACCCGGACUUGGUCCUUUGGAAUACAAUGAUUUCAGGAUACUCCCUUUAUGAGGACUUAUCCAAUGAAGCUCUGGAAUGUUUUCGGCAGCUACAACGUGUUGGCCACCGUCCUGAUGAUUGCAGCCUCGUUUGCGUAAUAAGUGCUUGUUCAAAUAUGUCGUCGCCCUCUCAAGGUAGACAAGUUCAUGGAUUAGCUUUGAAAUUGGACAUCCCUUCCAAUAGAAUAUCAGUAAAUAAUGCUCUGAUUGCUAUGUACUCAAAAUGUGGAAAUCUAAGGGACGCAAAAACGUUGUUCGAUACAAUGCCAGAGCAUAAUAUAGUAUCAUAUAAUUCAAUGAUUGCAGGCUAUGCACAACAUGGGAUUGGUUUCCAAUCACUUCAUCUUUUUCAGAGGAUGCUAGAGAUGGGCUUUACCCCUACAAACAUAACGUUUAUUUCAGUACUUGCUGCCUGUGCACACACCGGAAGAGUUGAAGAUGGUAAGAUUUACUUCAAUAUGAUGAAGCAGAAGUUUGGCAUUGAACCCGAAGCAGGGCACUUCUCAUGCAUGAUAGACCUUUUGAGUCGAGCAGGCAAGUUGAACGAGGCUGAGCGGCUGAUUGAGACGAUCCCAUUUGACCCUGGCUCCUUUUUUUGGUCUGCAUUGCUUGGGGCCUGUCGAAUACAUGGGAAUGUGGAGCUAGCUGUCAAAGCAGCAAACCGUUUGCUUCAGCUGGAUCCUUCAAACGCUGCGCCUUAUGUCAUGUUGGCAAAUAUCUAUUCUGACAAUGGGAGAUUGCAAGAUGCUGCAAGUGUAAGAAAACUUAUGCGAGACCGAGGCGUGAAGAAGAAACCUGGUUGUAGCUGGAUUGAAGUAAACAGGAGAAUACAUAUUUUUGUGGCCGAAGAUACUUUCCACCCAAUGAUAAAGAAGAUUCAGGAAUACCUGGAGGAGAUGAUUAGAAAGAUAAAGAAAGUGGGAUAUACUCCGGAGGUGAGGUCAGCAUUGGUAGGGGACGACGAUAGAGUAACGCAAAGAGAGGAGGAGUUAAGGUUAGGAUAUCAUAGUGAGAAGUUAGCUGUUUCAUUUGGUCUCAUGUCUACUAGAGAAGGUGAGCCAAUACUGGUAUUUAAAAAUCUAAGGAUAUGUGUAGAUUGUCACAAUGCAAUCAGGUAUAUCUCUGAGGUUGUCAAGAGGGAAAUUACCGUCAGAGAUUCCCACAGAUUUCACUGCUUCAAGGACGGGCAAUGCUCUUGUGGUGGUUAUUGGUGAAUUUUUAAAUGGUAUGGUUACUGCUUCUUUUUCACUCAAACAGAUUGAUAGAAAAGGGGAUAAAUAUUUGUUUUUCUGCUAGACUGAUGCAGCAGUCGAAUGAGGCAAUUUCUUUUCUUUUCUUUUUUUGUAUGUUUGAUUGAAACAAUAAGAUCUUUUUGUAUUUUGCAUUUAUCAUUUAAUACUUCUCCAUGCUAGAUGGUUAUGUAUGUCAAAGCUGAUUAGGUGCUUCAUCGUAAUAGAAGUCGAGCCUAUCCAGGAUAUUUUUUACACUAAAA